AUGUUCAUAAAGAAGUUACUGAUCAAGUAAAAAAAUUGGGGUCGUCCGAGAAUCGAACCCGGGACCUCUCGUACCCUAAACGAGAAUCAUGCCACUAGACCAACAACCCUUAAUCAAUAUAAUUAAAUGUUGCGUUGCAAAAAUAAAAAUUGGGGUCGUCCGAGAAUCGAACCCGGGACCUCUCGUACCCUAAACGAGAAUCAUGCCACUAGACCAACAACCCUUAAUCAGUAUAAAUCGAAUUAUUUAAAUUGA